ACAGCAGAUUUAUUCAGGUUGCAUUACCACCAAGGAGCUCGGAACGGUGAUGAGAUCUCUUGGUCAAAACCCAACAGAGGCGGAGCUACAGGACAUGAUCAAUGAGGUCGAUGCCGACGGCAACGGAACCAUUGAUUUCCCAGAAUUCCUCAACCUGAUGGCUCGCAAGAUGAAGGACACCGACUCUGAGGAGGAGCUCAAGGAAGCCUUCCGGGUGUUCGACAAGGAUCAGAAUGGCUUCAUCUCAGCCGCCGAGCUUCGCCACGUCAUGACCAACCUUGGCGAAAAGCUGACCGACGAAGAGGUCGACGAAAUGAUUCGUGAGGCUGAUGUUGAUGGCGAUGGCCAGAUCAACUAUGAAGAGUUCGUCAAGAUCAUGAUGGCCAAAUGAUUACUGCUUCUGAAUUUUCUCUCUUGUAGGUUAGCUUUAUUUGCUUUUACCUUGUACCAGCGUGUGUGCAUUUUGUUGCGAGUUUGUGCUUUGACUUGUGCUUUAAUGUGAUUUUCUUGAAGUUUUCUGAUGGUGAUUGAUGGAUGUUUUCACUCUUUAUUGUGUAUGCUUAAUGUAAGGUCUGAAAUUUACUGUUGAUUGCUGGUGGGA